AUGAGAUACGGUAAAAUGGGUGACCCACCGCACACCACACCACGACACCAUGGGCAUGCCUUGCCUGCUGCAUCUGCGGAUCAUCUGGCCUGCCUUGGGUCGGUGGAUGGCGGGAGAGGACUCGAUGAAAAGCUUGAGGUGGGUGAUGCUGGAUGUUGGGUGCCGGGUGAGGCAACCCAUGACAACUAUCCGUCCUCUCUUCCCGUCUCUGGUCUCUUCCGCCCAGAACGGCAGACCUGGACGGAGUACAGAGUAGAGAUUCUCGAGGACGGCCAGCUGCCUGUUCACGCGCGCCUCAACCGCAACAAUCCCACGCUUUUAUGA